AUGGAAGUAACAGGCUCACAGGCUGAAAAGGGGGCUCUGACUCCGCUAGAUGGGGCGAUUGACAAUACCAAUGUGUCGCGUGUUCACUAUAACACGCAACUAUCGCCAAUGGAUGGCGGAGUUAAUGCCUGGCUGUUCCUCGCUGCGUGCUUCGUUAUGGAGGCACUUGUCUGGGGAUUUGCAUUCACUUACGGUGUUUUCCAAGCCUAUUACAGCGAUAUCCCCCAAUUCAAGGAUUCCGGUAAUAUCGCCGUCAUCGGAACCUGUGCUAUGGGAAUAAUGUAUCUAGACCUUCCUCUUGUCUUCGCCGCGUACAGACAAUGGCCCAAAUACCAACGCUUCGGCUGUGGCCUAGGUGUGCUACUAAUGUGUGCCGCUCUUGGCCUGAGCUCUCUUGCCACAAGCACCAACCACCUCAUCGUAACUCAAGGAAUCUUCUAUGCGCUCGGCGGCAGUAUUGCAUACGCCCCAUGCAUUCUCUUAAUGGAAGAGUGGUUCGAUCGACGAAAGGGCCUUGCCUUCGGCGUUAUGUGGGCCGGUACCGGAAUCGGUGGUGUCGUCCUUCCUAUCGUCAUGGAACAGCUCCUGGGCAGGUACGGAUUUCGGAUUACCUUGCGUGGGUUUGCAGUUGUUUUGUUCAUCCUUACCGCACCGCUGGUCUACUUCGUCAAGCCACGCGUGCCAGUCGCAGAUACCCAAUCCAGUCCACCACCCCCAAACCUCCGGUUCAUAUUUACGUCCACCUUUGCUCUCUUCGAGUUCUGCAAUACCGUUGAGGCCCUUGGGUUUUUCUUGCCAUCUAUCUACCUUCCUACUUACGCAGGCAUGAUUGGCGCCUCGACCUCCCUCCAAGCAUUGACUCUUAUCCUCUUCAACUUGGCCUCUGUCGUUGGCUGUGUGCUUAUGGGCGCCAUCAUCGACAAAUUUGACGUGACGCUUUGCAUCCUCGUUUCUACUGUCGGAUCCUCGAUUGGAAUAUUCCUCAUUUGGGGCUUCUCCAUGUCCCUUCCUCCUUUAUUCAUCUUCGCGGUUGUAUACGGUCUCUUCGCGGGCUCAUACACCAGUACUUGGCCUGGUAUUAUGCGCGAUGUAGUUCGCAAGCAGCCCUCUGCUGAAUCUAGCAUGGUCUUUGCGUGCCUUGCGGCUGGAAGAGGAGUUGGAAAUUUGGUUUCCGGGCCCCUUAGUGAGGCUCUUCUUAAGGGGAUGCCAUGGGAGGGAAACGCCGGGUAUGGAUAUGGAAGUGGAUAUGGAUCCUUGAUUGUUUUCACAGGCGUUACAGGCGUUGUGGGUGGUGGAAGUUAUAUUGCGAGGCGUAUGAAGUGGCUGUAA